AUGACAGCCACUAACUUGAGGCGAAUCAAUCAAUUGAAUGGUUCGUUUCGAUUUAAAAUAAAUUUUAUCUAUCAAGGUUUUUUGGAUGACAAGUGCUUUCGUUGUCUGGGUCACCCAACUGUAAUUUCCCUCGGUAGACUAUGCGAUGGUACAAUAGACUGUCCAGAUCUUUCUGACGAAUGCUUGUGCAGCAAAAGAGAAAAACCAAGUGUUUGCAGCAAAAUUAUCUGGGAUAAAGAAAGUGAAUUAGAGCAGAAAUUUUUAUGUGCAUCAUACAACAAUUCCAUUGAAAUUUCUAAAACGAACAUUUGUGAUGGAAAGUUUGACUGUAAAGAUAAAAUUGACGAAAAUAACUGUCCAGAAGUCAAAUGUAAUAAUAUAGGAAAGUUGACUGAAAAAUGCAACUACAAAUGUCAAAAUGAACGGACACAAGGUGAGCUGUUACCUAGGGCAAGUUGUUUCAUUGAAAUUGUUUACAUUGCGUAUUUUCUUUCAGACGUUUAUGCAACAAAAUGUGACGAGAAAAUCGAAUGCUCAAGUGAUAUGUACUGGGAAGAAUGCCAUUGUGAAUCUGAAUCUGAAAUUUGGGGGAUGCCUAAAUGCCCACUUAUGAUGGACGGGUAUAGAUUUUUCAAUUGCGAGUCUUACAAUCCUGUUCCCGCCAACGCCGUUUGCGAUGGAGUAAAAGAUUGUAAUAAUGGCGAAGAAGAAGAAGAUUGUGCAAACAGAUUUUACUGCGCCAACCCAUCACCAAUACAUAUAGACGAGAGAAAAGUUUGCGAUGGACUAAAAGAUUGUAACGAUUUCAGCGAUGAACUUGGCUGCAGCGAUGAAACACAUUUUUAUUUCAACUACAUCAAAAGUUCACCGAUCACAGAUAACCCAGAAAGUAUCAAAACAUAA